GGAGCUGCAGACGACUGGUCAGUGGGUGUCUGUCUGGCCUGUCUGUCUGUCUGUUUGGGUGAGCAGGACAGGAGGAGCCAUGGCUAACAGGGGACCCAGUUACGGGCUGAGCAAGGAGGUGCAGGAGAAGAUAGAGCUGAAGUAUGAUCUGGACCUGGAGGCCCGGCUGGUGGAAUGGAUCGUAGCUCAGUGUGGGGGGAACCUGGAGAGACCACAGCCAGGCAGACAGAACUUCCAGACCUGGCUGAUGGAUGGAACAAUUCUGUGUAGGCUCAUCAAUAGCCUGUACCCGCGUGGUAAUGAGCCCAUCAAGAAGAUUCUGGAGACCCAGAUGGCCUUUAAGCAGAUGGAGAAGAUCUCCCAGUUCCUGCAGGCUGCCGAGGCCUACGGAGUAAUCACCACAGACAUCUUCCAGACCGUGGACCUGUGGGAAGGGCAGGACAUGGCUGCGGUGCAGAGAACCUUGAUGGCCCUAGGAAGUGUUGCCCUCACCAAGGACGACGGACAUUACCGUGGCGACCGAGACUGGUUCCACAGGAAAGCUCAGGGUUACCGGCGGGAGUUCUCUGAGGACCAGCUUCGUCAGGGCCAGAGUCUGAUUGGUCUACAGAUGGGCAGCAACCGUGGGGCCUCGCAGUCUGGCAUGACGGGCUACGGAUCGCACCGCCAGAUCAUGUAGAGACACCAGCCAGCUGCUCAGCCAGCUGCCAGCCACUCCCUUAGCCUGGCGGUGUACUCCAGUUACUGGACCUCCAGAAGAGAGCUCCACCACACUCCCUGAACCUCAUGAAAUGACCCAACCCCUUUUCCCCCUUCCACAGCAACACCAGCCAUUCAUUCAUACAUACAUACAUACAUACAUACAUACAUACAUACAUACAUACAUACAUACAUACAUACAUACAUACACACAUUUCUAAUGUUCGUCCCCAACACCCAAAAAGGGUGCUCUAUAUACCCCAACCACACCAUGAUUCCUACAGACCUCAGUAGUUUCUGCUUACCCCACACCCACUCUCCAGUCCUCCUUGGUCCUGCUCUCUCCAUCCAUGCAGUC